CUAACAUCUUGCCUACCAAGCAAACCACAACCACUAAAAGAAAAAGCCAUGGGGAAUUGCUUGGUGCUGCAAGAAAACAUCGUCAAGAUCAUGAAAACCGACGGGAAAAUUCUUGAAUACAAAACACCCAUCAAAGUGGAACAGAUUUUGAUAGAGUUUUCUGGCCAUGCAGUAUCUGAGUCACUACCAGUCCUUGAUCAGCAUCUUCACCCAAACACCAAAUUGCUCAGUGGCCACUUAUACUACCUAGUACCUCUGCCACAACCGUCACCAAAAGCUUGGAAGAAGGUGAGGUUCGCGAAUCCAGAAGUCCAAGGUGUACAGAAAAGUAACGUGGUUAGGAUUAAGCUGGUUAUCAGUAAGCAAGAACUGCAGGAUAUGCUGCAGAAUGGAGGGUUUUCAGUUGACAAGAUGUUAUCUCUAGUUCACGGUGAAAAGGGUAUCGAUGGUGAAGAUUUGUCUCAAAAAAGUGACGAUGUCUCUCAAGGGUGGAAACCAGUAUUAGAAAGCAUACCCGAAGUUAACUAGCAAUAUAUAUUCUAAGUUUCAGUAAUGCUUUUUUUGUCACUUCUUAUAAUUUUCCUUCUUUUUCUAACAUGCCGUGUAACAAGAGAUAUAUAUGUAUAGGCAAAAAAAAAAAAAAAAACUAUAUACACUCUUCAGCUUCAGCAUCAUCUCCUCGAGGCUAAGUUUGUAUACUCAUUGAAUCUGACCAAAUUACGUCUGCAAGUCUGCAACUGCAAGUAA